AGACACCAACAAUGACACCACCAACAACAAAAACACCAACAACGACAAUGACAACAAAAACACCAACGACAGCUAAAGCAACACCACCAAUGACAACAGCAUCUAUACCUUCGUCAACUGAGUUCAGCUCAUCAGCCACAUCAUCUCAAACUGAGAUCAGCACUACGACCAUUUCUGCAUCUUCAUCACCACCAUCAUCGUCCACAGCAACAUCAAGCACCACGGAUACGACCGUCAUCCACACAACCGUUCAAGUAACGAACUCCGUCAACCAAUCAACAACCACCAUAACCGAAACCAGCAGCAUCUCUACUGGCUCCACAACCAGUAAAAAGGCCUCAGAACCACCAACGUCCACCGGAGCCCCGACCACCAGGCCUGAUGCUGCUUCUACCGGCAGCCCUACGUCCACUAAAGCCCCCAGCAGCAGUCCGCCGGCGGAUCAGGAGGGACAGCAGUCAAAGGCGCUGAGCCCAGGAAGCGUCGUCGUCAUCGUGGUUGUUUUCCUGCUGCUGGUUCUGCUGGUGCUGGGAGGAUUAUACCAGCACAAGAUCAGACGGACGUCGUACGGCCCCCUGCUGGACAGCCAUGAACACGGCUCUUUGGGAAACUUCACCAACCCCAUGUACGACCCCUGAUGACCCCUGAUGACCCCUGACGACCCCGGACAAAUCUAAAAUCCUGCACUCUGAGCCGUUUGUAAAGACAGAUUAUAAACGUCUCUGCUUUAGAAACACUGGUUAAAUGGCGUUUUUUGUGUUUUUGGAGUUCAGAACAUUUUUAAUGUUUUUUCCACUGAAAGUUGAAGUAGGAAUUAUGAGCUGCAUGAAAAAGGCAAAAAAAGAACAAAAAUAGCAUCAAAAAACAAUAAUUUAAUUAUUUUUAGCACGGAAUUUAUAUUGUUUUUACAUAAAUAUUGUCAAUUUUCCUUGCAGUCCUUGCAGCUAUACGAGUUACUUUAAACUGAGAUAAAAAGAAAUUAACUAAAAACUAAUUAGUUAAAUUCAGUUUUCAGUGACAGUAUUUAUUAUUCAACAAAUUGUGUUUAACAAUGGUGAAUAUUUUAAAAUCAAACUAAGAAUUUCUGUCUUAUGUCUUAUUAUUUGCAUUAUUGUGACUUUAAAAAUCAAAUAGACAAAUUCAUGUUUAAGUUAAUUAUAAUUCUGUGUUUCUGUUUAUUUUCAGUUUUUUUUGUUUUAAAUAUUUACAUCAGUUUGGUUUGUAAUUUUUAA